GACAGUUCAAAAGUCAUCGAACCACGGGAUGGAAUGAAGUGAUUUGUUUUCCUAAUUUUUUGUGAAAUUCCACUGGCCAUCAUUAAAAUUUCACAGUAGAAGCUGAUCGCCAACAGCCCUCUGAAGUGAACAUCGAAAGUUAUAUGGAUGUUUUAUAAUAGAAGAAUUGUCACGUCAUAGUCGGACGUCACGAGCAGCAGCGACGUCCGUGAUAAGCGUCAGGUCGGGGUUGAUGGUGUAGUGGUGGGUCGCGCGAGGGCUGGCAUGGCGGAGACGAGCGAGGCGCAGGCGAGCGCGUCGGCGCCGGGCGGCGACGCGGGCGGAGACGACGAGAAGCGGGACGAGCGGAUGCUGGAGUGCAACAUUUGCCUGGACACCGCGCGGGAUGCCGUCGUCUCCAUGUGUGGACAUCUCUUCUGCUGGCCAUGCCUCCACCAGUGGCUGGAAACUCGGCCGAGCCGACAAGUGUGCCCCGUAUGCAAGGCAGCCAUCAGCAGAGACAAGGUUAUCCCACUCUACGGCCGAGGAAACACCAAACAGGAAGACCCCAGGAACAAGGUGCCACCGCGGCCCGCGGGGCAGCGCACGGAGCCCGAGAACAACAGCGGCUUCCCGGGCUUCGGAUUCGGCGAGGGCUUUCAUAUGUCCUUCGGCAUCGGCGCUUUCCCGUUCGGCGUGUUCACAUCGACGUUCAACUUCGGUGACCCGAGGCCUAGCGCAGCCCCCCGCGGCACGGCCCAAUACGAGGAGGAGCAGUUCCUCUCGAAGAUAUUCCUGUGGGUGGCCAUCCUCUUCGUGCUGUGGCUGAUCUUCGCCUGACCGAGCCUGUCCCCGCACGCCGGGCCCUAUCCGGAGCUCCACGACUCUGUCCGAGGUAAACUCAUCGCUAUCUGAAUGUUUUGGUGGAUAUUCUUGGUUAUUUUAUCCCGUCUGUCAGAUAUUUCACCACGGUGACACUUGCCACUGACAAUACUAUGCCUACUUCUGGGUUGUUAAGUAAGUAACGCUGUUACUUAGCGUCUAUACUGCCCGCCUAAUUAAACUGAAAAGCGCCAUCUCAAACGAAACUCCAUAGCUAACUUAUAUAUAAAGUACUAGGUUUUUCCCGCGGCUUCGCUCGCGUUAGAAAGAGACAAAAAGUAGCCUAUGUCACUCUCCAUCCCUUCAACUAUCUCCACUUGAAAAAUCACGACAAUUCGUCGCUUCGUUUUGCCGUGAAGGACGG